GGUCUUCUUGGUCAAGAUGGUUACGGUCAUCCGGGAAGAAAAGGCAAGAAGGGUGAACCUGGAUUCCCUGGCUAUCCUGGUGUACAAGGAGAAGAUGGUGAGCCAGGCCGCAGAGGAGUGAAGGGGGCCAAGGGAGUCCAAGGGAAGAGGGGUAAUUCUGGCUUUCCUGGAUUUGCUGGAACUCCAGGUGACCAAGGCCCACCAGGAAAAAUGGGCAUCAAGGGUUCAAAAGGUUUGGCAGAUAGGACGCCUUGUGAAAUUGUUGACUUCAUUCGGGAAAGCUGCCCUUGUUCAAAAGGGAUUUCCAGAUGCCCAGCAUUCCCUUCAGAAGUGGUCUUUGCCUUGGACAUGUCCAACGAUGUCUCCCAGUUGGACUUUGAGAGGAUGAGAAGCAUUCUACUGUCUCUGUUGAUGAAGCUGGAGAUCAGUGAGAGCAACUGCCCCAUUGGUGCCCGAGUGGCCAUUGUUUCCUAUAACACGAGGACAGAUUAUCUAGUGCGCUUCUCAGACCAUCAGGGAAAAGCUGCCCUACUACAGGCUGCCAGGAAAAUCCCUCUUGAACGGUCAUCUGGGUCCCGGAAACUUGGGGCCACCAUGAGGUUUGUGGCAAGACACGUAUUCAAACGUGUGCGCUCAGGCCUUCUGUUAAGGAAGGUGGCUGUGUUCUUCCAGGCUGGCAGGAACUACAAUACAACCUCUGUUGGCACAGCCUUGCUGGAGCUCCAUGCAGCAGACAUUGUCACAGCAGUUGUAACCUUCACAGAGGACCACAACCUCCCGGAUGCCUUGCUGGUGGACGGACUCAAGGGAUUUCACUUGUUUACAUGGGAGACAGAGCGCCAGCAGGAUGUGGAGCGCCUGGCCAGCUGCACUCUCUGCUAUGACAAGUGCCGACCAGCCCAAGGAUGCGGGCCGGAUGCUCCCAGGCCCCAGGAGUUGGACAUGGACUUGGUGUUCCUGGUGGACAGCUCCCAGGGAGUCAGCACUGAUGUAUACCUUGGGGCUUUGCGCCUAGUGGAUUCGGUGCUUAAGGAGCUGGAGGUGGCCGAACAUCCUGGCACAUCCUGGCAUGGGGCCCGUGCAGCCCUGGUGACACACACGACUCCAGGCUUUUGGCCUGGCAUGGGUCAAAGCCCUGUGCUCGAGUGCUUCCACCUGACCUCCUACGGCCACCGGACACAGAUGCAAAGGCAGAUUCAGGAGGCUGCAGGUCGCCUGCUGCGGGGAGCCCCCGCCCUGGGCCACGCCCUGGAGUGGACGCUGGAGAAAGUGCUUCUGGCAGCCGUGCUGCCACGGAGGUCACAGGUCCUCUUUGCCAUCGUGGCCAGUGAGACAAGCAGCUGGGACAGAGAGAAGCUAAGGACCCUGUCCCAGGAGGCCAAGUGCAAGGGCAUCACACUGUUCGUGCUGGCUGUGGGCCCAGGAGUGGGAGCCCAGGAGCUUGCCGAACUGGCUGGAGUGGCCAGUGCACCCUUGGAACAGCACUUGUUACGCCUGGAGGGCGUCUCAGAGGAGGAGGUAGCCUAUGCCAGCAGAUUCACACAGGCCUUCCUGAGCCUUCUAAAAAGUGGAAUGAACCGGUAUCCACCCCCAGAGCUCACUGAGGAGUGUGGAGGCCCAAACCGUGGGGAUACCCUGCUGCAAUUAGAUGCUCCUACCAAGAGGUUGUCCAAGCGCCAGCUUGGCACAUCUGCCUUUGGUUAUGAUUCGGAAGUUCUCAAGUCACCAGACAGUUUUCUAGAAGAAAAGAGAGAAAUCAAGAUGACAUCUAUAGCCCAGCAGGAAGCAGUGGGAAAUUAUGAAAUGCACAAGUCUGACACUGAAGAAAAUGGUCAAGAAACACCAGCAAAAGAAAGACGUUUGGACACUGCCUACG